AUGGCGGAUCUAGUCUUUUUGUCUCUGCACCCAUUUGUCAAGUCCACCGUCGUCGAUAAGGUGCGUGGUACAAUUUUUGGGUCGGCUUUAGGGGACGCGAUUGGGCUGUAUACGGAAUUUUUGUCGAAAGACCUUUCAACUUACGCUUACGGCGCAUACCCUGAAGCCCGUUUCCAAUUAACCACCCCAACAACCGAGUUCUAUCCUGACGGUCAUCGCAAUAAAUUCACACUCCGCUCUUGGACGGAUGAUACAGACCAUGCUCUACUGAUAAUCCUGUCCUUCUUGCACUCCAAUGGAACUGUAAUCUCGCCGCGAGACUUUGCAGCCCGCCUAAAAGUUUGGGUCGAGCAAGGUCUUCGAUGUUUGGAUAGGCUGCCUCUUGGUCUUGGUGCUACUGUGGGUCGGGUCGUCUGCGACAAGAACUAUUCUAAAAACCCAGAGCUGGUGGCCUAUGAAGUAUGGGCCUCCCGUGGGUGCAAUAUCGCCCCCAAUGGUUCGCUGAUGCGCGCACAUCCGCUGGGUAUUAUAUGUAUAGAAAAGUCCUUGGAAGAAACAUUCCAAAUAGCGAUUGAUUAUAGUGUCGUGACGCAUGCAGAUCCACGAUGCGUGGUUGCGUGUUGCGUUCACACGGCUUUGAUUCGAGGAAUCCUGCGAGGCGAGGUUACGUCUGAAGAGGACGUUGGCCGAAUCCUCGAAGCUAGCUUUACAUCUGUGGAGCAGUGGCAGCAAAAUGGAAGAUUGUUCAAUAUUACAAAGAAUACUCCACGGGGAGUUCCCGCUGACGUUCUAGUUGCAGAGCCGGUACUGGAUCGUGUCGAAUUCGACAGAUACGUGAAUGCUUCGAGUUUCGAAGAGCUGCAGCUUGAUAGCGCCAGAGAGAUUGGCUAUGUGUAUAAAGCUUUGGGGAGCUGCAUUCUGUGUUUGCGUUUGGCAAUUCGCCAUUCCAAAGGCCAACUCAUUGAUGAACAAUAUAUGCAGGCUGGAACAAAUAUCUUCGAAGAGUUAAUAACGGCUUUGAUAAUGCAAGGCGGAGAUGCAGAUACAAACGCCUGUAUUGCCGGCGCCGUGCUGGGGGCUUGGAUUGGGAAUAUCGGUCUACCGCCAAGUUGGAGAAACGGACUGGAUCAUAAUCGUUGGCUUCUCCACAAAUGCCGAGCCAUGGAGCAAGUACUCGGCAUCGAUGAAAGCUUAACGGGCUACGACGGUGUGAAAGACAGAGAUACUUUGUCAGAUGGUGGAAGGGGGCUACUCGAUAAACCCUCAUUGGAAGCAAGAGACGCUGCUUUUGUCGAGAUGUAUACCAAAAAGAUGAAAAGAAUGGCAGAGAGAAAGGCACACAAGGAAAGCAAAGAGACAGGCAGAGGUUGGAUCCGCGGGCUAUUGAGAUGA